GGCUAGGGAUUGUUUUUAUUUUGUUGGUUUUAUCAGGUUGAGUGCAAGCAGUGAUAGAUGUUUCGCCUCCAGCAGUAUCCGCAGAAACGUGUUACACAUUGUAUUAUGAAACAGCAGAACAUCAAUCGACACUAAUAGAAAUUCGCUGCUCACACGUGCAAGCUUGGGUUAGGAGAGAAGGCUUUUGAGUGGUGGAAAUAUUUACAAUGUCAGGCCUUGUCCAGACAGGCUCAGUGGGCAUUAUGGUUGGCUGGCAAGUUCUAAUGGCCACGUGGCCAGUCAGUGUUUCAGCAGGCAUGCCCAGUGAUGCUGAUUGAUUAUGCUUUGUGGUACGAUAAACACGGCAUCCAGUGAUUAUAUGGUACAAAGUCUUGGUGCUGUUAUCAUACACUCAUACAAUGGAUGAAUGUGAAGUAAUUGAAGUCAAAGAAACAUAUGCAUCUCAAGACCCUGCCACAGACCUGAAAAAAGUUGAAUUGGCAAUAAAAAAAGUCACACAAGAGAUCCAGGUACUUCAGGGUCAUAAACAGCAAUUGAUUGCCAAGAGAGAGAAAUUAAGAGAUGCUAUUCAACAGAAUAAGUCUGCUCAACUUGCCCAAAAAGACUGGGAUAGGAAGGAUUUUCCGUGGUCAAAGGAGUUGCAGAACAUACAAGAAAACACAUUCAAGAUACCCAAGCUACGAGCACAUCAGUUACCCACCAUGAAUGCUACACUGUCUGGUGAGGAUUGUAUCCUUAUCAUGCCCACAGGAGGAGGAAAGUCUCUUUGCUAUCAACUUCCAGCUCAUGUUUCUAAAGGUGUCACAUUGGUUGUCUCCCCUCUGGUUUCCUUGAUGGAAGAUCAAAUCAUGGGUCUGAAAGCCCUAAACAUUGAAGCACAAAUGCUGUCAGCAUCAUCAACCAGAGAACAAGUUAAUGGUGUACAUGUGGAUAUGACAAAUCCCAACAGCACCUUAAAGCUUUUGUAUGUUACACCUGAGAAGCUUUCCAAAUCCAAGAGAUUCAUGACCAAGCUUCAAAAAAUGUACCAGAUGGGAAGGUUUGCACGCCUGGCCAUUGAUGAGGUUCAUUGUUGUUCACAAUGGGGCCAUGACUUCAGACCAGACUACAAAUUCUUGGGAGUUAUGAAAAAGAUGUUCCCUUCUACUCCCAUCUUGGGGCUUACUGCUACUGCUACUUCAAGAGUGAUUCAAGAUGUGCAGAAGAUACUUGAGAUACAGGGUUGCUUGAUUCUAAAGGCAUCAUUUAAUAGGCCUAAUUUGUUUUAUGAGGUUCGUCCAAAGCCUUCAUCACAUGACGAAUGUGUCAAACAAAUUCAGCACAUGCUUCAGAAAGAGUUUGAAGGCCAAUCAGGCAUCAUCUACACCAUGACAAUUAAAGAUGCUGAGCAGUUAGCAAGUGACUUAAGGUCUCAAGGUCUACGUGUGGCUCCCUAUCAUGCCCAGCUUGAUGCAGAUGUGAGGAGUAGAGUUCAUACAAAAUGGGUGAAAAAUGACUAUCAGGCUGUAAUUGCAACCAUUGCCUUUGGGAUGGGCAUUGACAAACCUGAUGUCCGCUAUGUUAUCCAUCACUGUAUUUCAAAAUCCAUGGAAAACUUUUACCAGGAAAGUGGAAGAGCUGGGAGAGAUGGUGAACCAGCCAAAUGUAUCGUCUUUUGGAGAUUUGGUGAUCUUGCAAGACAGAGCACAAUGGUCUUCACUGAGCAGACUGGUCUAGAAAAUUUGUAUGGCUUGAUUACAUACUGUCUGGAUGGUGUAAGGUGUCGUAGAAACCUCAUUGCCGAACAUUUUGAUGAAGCGUGGGAGACCUCGGACUGUGCAGGGAUGUGUGACCAUUGCAAGAUCCCACGGGAGAUAAAGACUAUGGAGUUGGGUGAUUAUGGUCAGAAAUUGUUGUUGAUAUUAGAAAAAUCUUCAAGAUUGGAUCAGAGGUUAACAGGUCAGAAAUUGGUUGACUUGUUUCUUGGCAAGGGUCCUACCAAACAACGUGUGCAAGAGGCCACUGCCACUGGGGUCCUCAGAGAGACUGCAGAAAGUAUUGUGGCAUAUUUACUUGUAGAUGGAUUUCUCAAGGAAGAUUUUCACUUCACUCCAUACAGUACUCUCAGCUACAUUGUACCAGGGCCAAAGGCUGAGGCUGGUAUUAAGCCAAGUCCUAUGGCAGUGGGAGGGUCAAGAAAACUAUCAAAUUGUUCAAGUCUGCAGUCUUCUCUGAUAAAUGAAUCCUCUGGAAAAGAUAAAAGUAGCAAAUCAGGAAUCAAGAAGACAGUGAAGCAAAGCUCCAAGGAAGAAAGCACAUUAAAGAAAAGUGGAGGUGCUUCAUCUAAUAGCCAAAAUUCACAUAGCUUAUCAUUACAUAGCAAUGAAGAGCAACCAGCUAGCAAAAAGAGGAGAAUAAUUGUUGUUGAUGACUCAGAUGAUGAAAUAGAUGAUUAACUUGUAGGUAAGUUAAGAUCAUUUUAGCUUAGAAAAUAAACUUUCAUAUUUUUAUUAUUUCACAAUUGUCAAGACACAUUGGGGUAUAGAGAGAAGAAAAAUUAAGAGUUGUACAUAAUGAAUGUGUAUUGAUGAGAGAGAAGGUAGGAGGAAGUUGAUGUUCCACAAACUGGUGACUUACUCAUUCUCAUUCUUUAGAAGUCAACUGGGAGACAGUUUUGUGACUUGUUGCUGGAGCAAAAAAGAAAGGCAGAUGGUGACAGAGUUGAAAAAAUGUGUAAGUACAAGGUACAUUUUCAGAGAACAAUAAGAGAGACAUCAGGUGGUUUAUGCUAAGGAUGCAAGGAUGUCCUUCACCAUGACAGAGUUGAAAAAAUGUGCAAGUACAAAGGCACAUUUCCAGAGAACAGUAGGAGGGACACAUCAGGUGGUUUAUGCUAAGGAUGCCCCUUCACCACAAACAUGGUGGUGAACAAGCCCAAAACAUUUAUUCUUUAAAUUGUUUUGAUGUAAGCUGAGAAUUUUUCAUUUGUCUUUUGAUAACAUGUUAGGUAUUAUUAAAUGUAUUGGGUUGGGUCCACCACAGUGUUUGUAGUGAAGGACAUCUCAUUGCAUUUCUCAUCAUGCCACAUAUUUACUAACACUCGGUUUUCUCUUCUGGAUCACUUUAUAUAUAUUGUUGUGUUGAGUAAAUAGGUGGAGGAAUUAAGUUUUGUAAAUCAAUGUUAUCUUGGCCUGUUUGUUUUCCAGGUAUAUUAUAUAGGAAAUCUGCAGAACAUGUGAGUUGGAGAAAUGAGUGGUCACAAAAGAUUACUAUGCCUUAAAUUAUGUCAAGCACUGACACUCGUUUUAUGCUUUGCAAAGCAUGAGGGUCUGACAUAUAAAACUCAAGUUGCUA